CUUGUGACAAAGUUAGCAGUGGUAAUCAAGGAGAGCAAAGCAAAGCAAGUAACGUUUUUUGGGAAUGCUUUUUGGUGUGCAAAGUGAAAGUCUAGUGUCCCAUUAAGGAGCUAAAGACAAACCUUCACUGCUAUAUAUGUAUUGUACAAUCUUCAAAACCAUUAAGAGUUAAGCCUUGAAAGCUCAAACAGGGAAGAAAAGCUGUAUUGUACAUGUUUGGUGAAUUGACAGUUACUUGGAGAUGCUGAUUGAAUUAAUGGGCCAAAACAUGAUCAUGAGGAAGCAGAACCCACUUUGCUUUGCAUUUUUGUAUGCACUCUAACCUGUGGCUCAUUUAGUAAACUUCAGAGUUGCAGGUUUGGAUUGGUUGGUUGCUUCAUUUUCUAGCUAGGCGCAUUUGGUUAUUUCUUCUGUUAUGGCUUCCAAGAGGCUCAGCAAGUCAUGCAUUCUGCUCAUAGCCAUUGCAGGUAUAGAAAGGUUUGCAUUCAAAGGGGUGGCAUCCAAUUUGGUGACUUACUUAACUGAUGUUGUGGGCUUAAGCAAUUCCUCUGCAGCAAAGAUGGUUAAUAGUUGGGUAGGGUUCACCUCAAUAAUGCCAUUGCUAGUGGCACCCAUUGCAGAUGCCUAUUGGCACCAAUAUUCCACCAUAAUGACCUCAUCUUUCCUCUAUGUAAUGGGACUUUCGGCAUUGACAGCAACAGCACUGGCAAGGUCAUGGCCUCAUAGAAACAGAACAAUGUCUUCUUCCUUUCUUUCUUUGUCUCUCUAUUUAGUUUCAUUAGGCCAAGGUGGAUACAACCCAUCUCUGCAAGCCUUUGGAGCAGAUCAACUCGGUGACGAGGAAGAAUUGCCUAGUAACAAAAAUGAUAAAAGUUCCAACAAGAAAACUCUAUUCUUCCAAUGGUGGUAUUUUGGAGUUUGCAGUGGAAGCCUAAUGGGUGUUACAGUCAUGUCCUACAUCCAAGACACUUUUGGCUGGGUUUUAGGUUUUGCCAUCCCUGCAAUUUCAAUGGUUAUUUCUAUUUUCAUCUUCACCUGUGGAAGCCCUAUAUAUUUAUAUAAAGAACAUGAAGAUGACAUUCAAGAAAAAAAGCCUUUCAUGAACAUGUUUCAUGCUAUAAAAGCAUCUGCCUUGAAGUGCUUCCAUUGUGAAAUCACCCUUCCAAAUGACAAGUCCGAAACCGUGGAGUUGGAGCUUCAAGAGAGACCCCUUUGUCAAGAAAGUCUUAAGGAUUUGAAUAAGAAUUCUAAAACUUGCAUGCAUCUGGUGGAACAAGCCAAGGUUAUGGUGAGGCUUUUGCCCAUAUGGACAAUGCUUCUCAUGUUUGCAGUGAUUUUCCAGCAACCAGCCACAUUUUUCACAAAACAAGGCAUGACUAUGAAAAGGAACAUUGGUGAUUUCAAGAUUCCACCAGCCACGCUCCAAAGUGCAAUAACAAUGUCCAUAAUACUUUUGAUGCCAUUAUAUGACAGAAUUUUUAUACCAAUUGCUCAGAUGAUUACUCGUCAGGACAAAGGUAUAAGCGUAAUGCAAAGGAUGGGAAUUGGAAUGGUUCUCUCAAUUAUAGCCAUGGUUAUUGCAGCUCUAGUUGAAAUGAGAAGGCUUGAUAUUGGUAGGGAAAUGAGAAUUGCAGGAUUACAAUCAGAGACAGUGCCUCUAAGCAUUUUCUGGUUGCUGCCACAGUACAUUCUUCUUGGCAUUUCAGAUAUCUUCACAGUUGUUGGCAUGCAGGAGUUCUUUUAUGGUGAAGUUCCAAAGACAAUGAGAACAAUGGGAAUUGCCUUGUACACUAGUGUUUUUGGGGUUGGAAGCUUUGUGAGUGCACUAUUGAUUACACUAGUUGAGGUGUACACAAGUUCAAAAGGGGUACCAAGUUGGUUCUCUGAUGAUAUGGUUGAAGCACGCUUGGACAAUUACUAUUGGCUUUUGGCCUGGUUUAGUGGAGGGAGCUUGGUAUUGUAUGUGCUGUUGUGUAAAUUUUACCGCUAUAGGAGUGAUUCAGAUAGUGAAAAUUGAUCUUCUAUUCCCCCACUCUA